AUGCCCAGCAAUAUAGUGGGUCGCGGGAAAGUGUUGUUGCCAGGUAUUCAUUGCGGCGAUGUAUUGGCGGCAUCCAGCACCAAACUUGGCAUCCUAUGGAAAAUCGUGUCAAGGGAUGAGAUAGUAGUUGACGCGACGGAUGAAGUGUAUCGGUUGAUCGAGGGGCGUGCUGAUGGGCUUGACAAUGACACGCUCAACCAGCUGACCCCGAAUCUAUCCGCCAAGGAGCGACAGGAUGCAAUUAACCAACUGCUAGCCCAACAAAAGCUCGACUUGAUCCAAGUUGCUGGACAGAUAAGAUUCAAACUCAAAUCGGGAACGCAGCUGGAAGGCGUUUCACAGGAAGAGCAGCUGAUCUACCAGCUGAUCGAGGAGAGCUCCACUAGCGGUAUCUGGAUCCGAGAACUACGCGACGGAUCCGGCCUCUCUCAGCUGCAGCUGCGGAAGGUGCUCAAGCAGCUCGAAACGCGGAAACUAAUCAAGACGGUCAAGGCGGUGGGCACGACGAAAAAAUGCUACAUGUUGUCCCAAUUGGAGCCGAGCACCUCGUUGACCGGAGGAACUUUUAUUCUGACCGACAACUCGAUGCGGAACUUAUUCAAUCUUUGUUUCCUGAACAUGAAGCGAAACGAAGCUCGCGAGGUCGCUGCAUCAAAUUUGGAGAUGCAAAAGGAGUUGAGCCUCAUUGCUAAUUUUGUUACGGAGAAGCGAUUACUGAACGUGACUGUAACCGAGGAAGACAUUGAUCGUAUUUUAGAGAUUGCCGUUUUGGACGGGAGCGCAGAAAGACGGCCAGAUGGGAGGGUGCGCGCCACGGCACAUGUGCCGGAAGCUUCUCCAUUGGUAUUAAUUCCAUGCGCGACCUGCCCGGUAAUUGAUGACUGCAAACCCGGACAUGUCAUCGCCCCAGAAACAUGCCAAUAUAUGCGAGACUGGCUAGGAACCACGGCCAACGUCAUU